CAGGACAGGCCUUCUCCCAUGAACAAGCACAGUGAAGCUACCCAAGGGGAUCGCGGCAGUUCUGGAAGCAGCUCCCUGCUCUUGUGACUCAGAUUUCAGGUAAAAACCAUAACUGAAGAUGUCAAGCAAAACAGCAAGCACCAACAACAUCACCCAGGCAAGGAGAACUGUGCAGCAGUUAAGACUAGAAGCCUCCAUUGAAAGAAUAAAGGUUUCAAAGGCGUCGGCGGACCUGAUGUCCUACUGUGAGGAGCAUGCCAGAAGUGACCCUCUGCUGAUCGGGAUACCAACUUCAGAAAACCCUUUCAAAGAUAAAAAAACUUGCAUCAUCUUAUAGAGGAAGAGAGAAACGGUACCUCACCUCUUCUCAACAAAGCAAAUUUAUAAGCAGCUCCCUGAAGAGAAUUACCUUCAGCUUAUUUGGUAACCACUGCUAAUAACUAAAAUGCUCUUAACAUGGGAUAAUAGAUGCUGAAGUCUUUAUUUUCCAAGUUGUCCUUUCUCUGAAAUACCCUUUACUGAUUUAAUACGGAAUAGCAAUCUUGUUUUCCAUUUGGUAACUAUGGUGUCAUAUUGGGUUACUGCUUAAGGAAAGUCAGUCUGGGCCUUUUAAAACACACAAUUAUACACUUUUAAAUAGAUGAAUGAUCCAGUUAUUUCAACACCUAAAUUACCUAAGCCCCUGUCUAGAUUAAAAGGCCAAGAAUAACUUAAGUCCUUAAACCUUUAUGUCAUAAUGUGUUAAUAGGAUUGUGCCAACCUGUACAGCAAACACAGGUGAGGAGUGUAAUGUGUGUGUGUGUGUGUGUGUGUGUGUGUGUGUGUGUGUGUGUACACACAUAUCUUUGUAUAUACACAUAUCAAAGCUUACUUCUUUAUUAAAAUUUCUCUCUCCUUACCAUCAAUUCCUCAACUCCAGAAGUUAUACCUUUAUCUUCAGCUGUGUGUAGGUAGAAUAAGAAAUUCUUUUCAUAUAGUUAUUGUAUAAAAAGUUAAGAACAUCCUAAAGGUUGUAUUCCUUGUAAUUGAGUCAUGAAGUCAUCUCUUGCUGACCCUCUUAGGCUACAAUAAACUGUGCCAAUUAAAAUUUUAAAACUCAACCAAAAGCCCUUUUAUAAUAUGAGGUAUUCAUUCACAAGGGGCCUUUCGGGCUCCAGGGACCUCGAGUGUAGAAAAGGGAAGGAGGCCCUUGGGAAGCACACAGGGCAGCUGGCCCCCAGGGCUCACAUUCCCUGGAUCAGGGUAUGCACCUCUGCAGUCUCCACCCAAAUGAUGGGAAUCAGAGAGACAGUACGCAUAGGAGCCCGGCUGAGAGAGGAGCAGGAAUGGGUGAAAAUCAGCUGCUGCUCUUGACCAAAGUUUGUGAUUUAGCUCUCUCUGCUUUCUCUUUAUCUUUCUUCUCCUGCUAGACCAUGUAUUAGCAGAGGCAGUCUUCACCUCCCCAACCCCGAGUAGGGGGAACAUGGUGGGAGAGAAACAUACCAAUAACAUAAAGGUAUUGAGACACAAGCUUUUUCAAAUAUCUGCAGUGUCCAUGUCAUCCCUACCUUGUCCACGAACUAUCAGAGAGAGGCUUGGAUUCAGUGGUAUGCAUUGUGGGCCCAAAGGUUCUAGCAGCUGGGAACUGGGUUCCUUGAGUUUCCUCUGGGCACAGAGGAAAUUUUUCUUGUAGCCCUCACAUCCUUGGAAUGUCCAGUGGGAAUCCCCAAAGAAGGAAUCUCCAAUGACCAGAGUAUUUUCACUUUAUCGAAGAGGAAGAGAGGUCCAUUUUAUAAAAUGCUCAUUUAAGGGCCCAAACCAUACUCUUGACCUGUCAUAUUUUAAUUCAUCUUCAGUUAAUUAAAAAUAACUAAUGAAGGAUUAAAAAUGUAUCUUCCAAAAGGAUUCAGCCCCAAGAAGGAAUUAGUUACAACGGUUUUUCUGAGUUCUGUACAAUCUUGCCCUGCCAACUGCUAACAUAUAGUCAGUAUUUCUCCAAGUCAUCGAUCUAUUCAGCAUUGUGAACUGCCCUCAGUUUUUCGAGACCCUGUGAAAAUCAUGCCACUGCUCUGAACCUCUUGUCACCUACCACUUUUGUCCUGCAAUACACCCAAUUCCCAAGUAAAUUAUAGGCCCCUAUUUAGGAGAGAUAAAGCCUUUACCUUUCAAAGGGAGAAGUUUGAAAUGUACACUAAAAAGACGACUUUACAUUUAAUGUUUCACUUAAGGAGACAUUCUUUUUUUUUUAAUAAGUACAUUUUUCUGAUAGUUUCAGAACACUAAUCUUGUUGUCACCCUGAUGGUUAACCUAGUUCUUUAAAUAUUUAUAAAGCAUCUUGUUACUAAGUAUUUUCAUGAAAUUAUGUUUAUUAUACUGUUAUGUGCACAUUUUUGGUAGCAAGCAGAGUACUCAACCCUGUUUUUUUACCUAACAGAAAACAAAUAUGUUUUGCUAUAUAUUUGUUAAUAUGCUUGGAGUGGUAAGGAAUGGACUUGAGGUCCCAGGAGAUUUCAUUUUAUUUUUGCUGGCCAGAUAUCAUAAGGCCAUGAGUAUAAAUGUCAUGUAAGCCAGGUAUAGGGCAUAUUCAAGAAAAGUGAAAUCAAAUCCUUUGACACUGGGCCCAAGGGGGGAAAAUUGUAGUUAAAUGUUGGUUUACUUAUAACUAGAUGUCUAUGUGAGAAAAUAUAAUAUAUGUAUACAUAUACUGUAUAUGAUAUGCAGAUGUCACUUUUAUUUAUCAGGCUUUGUUCUAUGUACGAAGCCACAGUUUAACUGUUCUGCAGCAGCUGGUUUAUGAUAAUGAUGGACAAAUGCCCAAUGUGUAUUAUUUUUUCCAACUACCACUAUCACAACACAGUUAAUCACAUAUAUACAUGCAACUUCUUGGCUUCAUACCAAUGAAGCCAUUGAAGUAUGUUCACUAUUCUUUGUCUUUAGUGCUGCUUCUGUUAACAGUGAUCUCUUUUCUUCUUUUCAUUCUUAUAUCUUCAUUAGUUCAUCAUACGCCUGUCCAGGUAAGGCCUCAGGACCAUGACAAGAUAUGCUAGACAAAAUUUCAUGACUCCAAAGAAUUUUACAGAAACAAUAUUUUUUUCCCUGUAGAAAAAACACUUUAUAUACCAGGUGGUUCACAAGUUAGAGGUUGUAACUACUUUUUUUCUAAAAAGAAUCAGGUUUUUACAUUUCCUUACCUUACUAAAAUAAAAAGCACCACACUUAAUCUUUUAAGGGAAGAAUCUGAUUUGCUUUCUCUCUGUUUGGACUAUUUUUGUACUUUACUAAUCUUUAAACUAUCAGAAAAAAAUAUCUACCAAUGACUUAGUAAUUUUGAGGCAUAGGUUAGUAUAGGUAAUGGAGGAUGUGCCAAACUUUCUCUUCAGAUGCCUUCUUCUGAAUCGAUUUACAGCUAACAUAGUGUCAUCUGAGUGAUUACUACAAAUUUUGAUUAAGAUCUAUAUAGCCCCACGAAGUGAAUUACAUUACAUGUUAGUCCUUUCUCAAUAAAAUAAAUAUAAUAGAGUGUGUUAUGAAUUGUAUUGAUUUAUUUUAUGGUAUAUAUCUGUGAAUAGAAAAAAAGUACAUUGAAUCAAAUAGAAUUAUAUGUUUAUUAAAAUAGAGCACUUACCUAAAGUUGGGUGGCCUGGAUUGUCUUCUAGCCAAUCCUGUGUCCUUGUGUUGUGUGAUUUUGGAUAAGUCCUUUCAUCUCUCUGGGCCUCCAUUUCACCAUCUGUAAAACAGGGGCUUGAAGUAGGUGGUGGCUGAGAUCCCUUCCUGCUCUCAGAUGUCUCGGUCCAAUGGUCUACCCUUCUAGUGGUCCUGCCAACGUGUUGGUGCUAUAAGCUGCUUCAAAUAUAAAAUUGGUUUGUCUAUCGUGUAUGCUCAUUGAUUAGCUUAUGAAAGUCCUUUUGUCAUACAGCUUUUUUCCCUAGUUUUAUGGACUUGAUUACUGUAAUAAUGUCUUGUUUUUAGCCCUGUAACUAUAAACUUAUCUUCUCUUGAUGUCUCAGUAAAUUUGCAUUUGAUAUAUAUAGUUGAUGGGAUUUUGUUAUUUUAUAACAUUCUUUGGCUACUCCUCUGUCCAGCAUCUUAUUAACCUCAACACUGUGAUCAUUGUUUGGAAAUCCAUCCUAUGGAAAGAAUCAAAGCAUUUACUUCACAGCUAACAUGUUCACAGAUUUGAAAGAAGUUUCAUUAAAGCACCAUUGCUCUCUUUA